GCGGUGGUUCCGGCCGGAGUGGCCGUCAUUAUUCCUGCCAAAAUACUGGCUGCUGCUGCUGCUGGCAAUGAAGCAGGGGGAACGCAACCGUUGAACGACGUGUGCCAUCUCGUUCAGUCACUUCACUGGUCAGUGAAACUGUUGUCCACCCGACGGUCAAGCAACGCCUAUGUAGCGAACAACUAUCCUCUCCGACUCGGUGCUGCUGGAUUAGUGGAUAGCCGUGUUCGUCCCAGAAGACGCCUGGUUGUAUAACUACAAAAGUGGCGUUCACGGCCAGCUCGCAACAUCAUAGUCUUUUUGUUUGCCGCGAAUGAAUGGUGUCGAGUCGAAACGCGACAUCGUUUCUACAAUGGCGCUUGCCACACCUGCGGCAUCUUCGGCUGUGCCCGGCGCUCCGUCGUCCGACUCGGUGUACUAUAUCAUUCUUCGGGACAUCAGCGCCGAGGAGCUGCUCAAGCAGACUGGGCAUGGGAUCCCUGCCAGGAAGCGAGUGCAGUGCGGAGAAAUCGGCGCGGUGCCGCGGGGAGAGAAGCUGGGAGCACGAGCCGGUGUGGGAAGCAUCCUGAUCGACAUCAGUGGAGAGCUGGAGUCACAGGACAUUGUCUGUGUACCGUUUUCCUUCGCCAAGCGGUUGCCCGGUGACUGUGCUGAAUUUUUGUUGGCAAUCGGCGAAAAGAAGAAGCGCUACGAGUUCAUGCAGACAGCGGACAAGCUGGAUUCCGUCAGAACAAUCCGGCCCGGUCACACCUGCUCCAUAGCGUGUGUGAAGCCCUACAGUGGGUUCAACGUUUUCAGAAAGAGCAUGGAGCACUAUGCUGGCGUGGUGCGCAGCUGUGGGCCUAGGCCUGGCCAGAGAGGCACGUGGUUUGAAGUUGAGGUUCUGGGUCCAGCAAGUGAGAAUUUUUCCUCAAGCAAAAUGGCAAUAGAGCGGUUGGACCACAGUUUGCCAGAGUCUCCACGCAUUGAAUAUGUGAAUGCGUGCGACAUCUCUCCGAGGCCGCUGAUGCAGGAUGUGGCCAAUGAGCUGCAGAAGUACCGCACUACAAAGGCGGCCAAGAGAAAGCAAGGCAUCACUCCGAACACUGCAAAAGGAAAAGCUCCCAGCGGCAAAUCAGCAACAACCACACCCGCCAAACGCCAAUCACAAACCGAGUCACACGGUGUAGAUGUCACAACAAGUGCAUCUACUACAUCCGUGCACACUACACCGCCUCACAGCUCAGCUGACGCCCUUGCUGACGCCGGCUUUGCAACAGCCAGUAUGGCCAGUUUGGCGGAGGAUGCCGAUUACCAGGAAUACGUAGUAGUACCCAGCAAGCCUGGACAAAACACAGCCGCAGAUCGCGCUGCGCACACGGCGGACCCGAAGAAACCGGCUGCUGCCACGGGAAAUAUCAGUACCGGGGGAAAGCUCCGAGACGUGAAGCUUGACAGGGAGCUGAAGACUGGCAGUGUCUUCUUGCCCACACCCAUCAGUAAGCAUGCUCCAAGGGAGGAUGGAGACCGCCAAACUACUCUACUAGCUAAAAACACUUCAGAUAAGCACAGCGGAUCAGUGCCAGUGAAAAACACAGACCAGGAAGAGGAGUUCAGUGCUAGUUUAGCCGAGGCUCCGUCAAGCUUUCAAAAUAAUCCGCCGCCAGUGAACAAUGCUACUCCCCUUGACAAGACAAUAACAGCAAAUAAUCUUAGCAGCGACGGAGAUGGAGAGGAGAACAAUGUGUCUCCAAUGGAAACCAACGGCCCUGCUGUUACGGAUGAAGCAUCUGUUACAGAUCCAAGCCCGAAGAAUCUGGAACCGAGCCAUAGUGAACACAGUGGUGAUGACAGUGGUGAUUGUACAGCUCCGGAGCUGGAUUGCUGCCGUGCUAAUCCCGAAGCCAGUGAUCAGCCUACAGCCAGUGGGCAGUCUAUAGCUAGUGAGCAGUCUACGCCCAGUGAGCAGUCUACACCCAGUGAGCAGUCUACGCCCAGUGAGCAGUCUACACCCAUUGAGCUGUCUACACCCAGUGAGCAGUCUACACUCAGUGAGCAGUCUACACCCAGUGAGCAAUCUGCACCCAGUGAGCAGUCCACAGACAGUGAGCAGUCUGCAGCCAGCGAGGCAUCUACAGCCAGUGAGCAGUCUACAAUGGUGUGUUUGGAAAGUGAGAAAGCUGCUGCUGUAUGUGACACACCUACUGUGGCUAGCCGGAGCAGAGCAUCAGAUGCGGACCUGCAUAACAGAUCAACUUCUACACUGGCUGAGAAGCCAACUCCCAAAACCUCUGAUGUAAAUGUUCAGCUCACGACAGCCGGCCAAGGCACCGCAUCUGAUGCAGAACUGGACACAAACUCAACAUCAGUGUCCAAAGAGAAGUCAGCACCGGCAAAGCAUCAUGACGCUUGCUACACGACAGGGGGGUCAGCAUCGAUUGCUUUAGACAUCAAGGCAGAUAUCGUCGAUCCUGGAUGGGUGGCAGUAUCGCAGGUGCGUGAUGAUGAGACUUGUGAACAGUCUGCGGAGAGUAUAGGGCAGUCAGAUGAUCACUAUGCACAGAGCACUGAGCACCCGAACAACACAGUAGUGCAGGAGCAAGACCAAGGUGCAUCGAAGCCUGAACACGGUGUCACGCAGGCUGGGGUGGCGCGCUGGAUCUCGGUGACAGGACGUGGAAGCGGUGACGAGUCCAGUGCCGUGGAUCAGCCAGUUCCAUGCCACUCAGAAGGCCGUCUUUCCAGACCGGUACAGGAUCACGAAGGUCAAGCAACUCCGAGGCUGGACACAGCGGUGCUGGAGCAUUGCGAAGCGCAAGAUGCCGUCGCAUCGUGGCUGGACGGCACGACACGAGUGAGACAUGUUCGUGUGGAUCUGCUUGGCCAGUGGCCCGCGGACAAAACAAGUCUACUGCGCGUACUGCUUGACCAACCUGCAGCAGACACCAGUAUCAGCGUUAGUGGGAUGGAGGAGAAGGUCUGCCUGUUAAGUACCUCACGUACAGGACAUGUGACCAUUGGUCAGCCCACCAGCCAAGCACUCACACAAGAAGACGUCUUCAUUGCCAGUGAGUUACCGCAGCUAGUCGAUCGAUUGCACAACAUCUCGCUCACGUCUAAAGGCGGACUGGUGGAUGGGCUUGAACCACAGCAAGACAGACAGUGUGGUGAAUCUAGUCCCUUGCCCGAUGUCAGUGCGAGUGCCAGUGAUGUCCAGGGCGCGGGAACUGUGUGUGACAGUGUGCCCGAGCAACCGCUGCUGGUGACGAAAGAAGCAUGGCAGGAGUCUACGGUGCCCAAUGGCGUGUUCAAGCCUGUUUACUCACUUCAUGCACAUCACCAUCACCAUCAUCAUCAUGACCACACUGCUGCAUCUACUCAGUCGCACUCCCCUUCCGGCCAGACACCAUCGCCACCCGCCGGUCUUGGUCUUCACCUGGACGUAUUGGCGGAGAGGCUCAAACAUUCAUCUGCGCUACUGCGACAGGUACGCGAUGACGAAGUUAUACUCUCUUUCUGGGACAGCGGCGGGCAGCCUGUUCAUGAACCAAUCCUUCAGGCACUCUCCACCAGCGCAGUGGCAAUCAAAGUACUCGUCUUCCAGGCCGACGAACAGCUCGACUAUGCACGGCCGCAGACAAUGCGCCUCGGAGGACGAGAACGCCUUCUGGCCGUGACGCCAGCGCGGAGUACCAUUGAUCACGUUUGCCAUCAGUUGCUGUCCACACACUUCUCGGCUCAGUGCACUGCAAGAGGCAUGGCUACCCAAUACCAUGACGAGCCUCAGCAGCAGGAGCACGGACCGAAGCUUCCACCGACCAUCUUAGUCGGCACGUUGGCUGGCAAAGCUGCUGAUGAUUUGAAGCAACGGGAGGAGCAAAUCUUCCACAGGCUGCGCAACCGACUGGAACAUUUCAGUGCCGUGGAGCACUGGAGCUCCUUUGACGAUGGCUCCGGGCAGCGCACUCGUAUCCACCUCAUUGAUGACAUGAAGCCAAGCCAGCCUGCGGCAUGCAGUGAGCAGCCAGCUGCUGUUCAACGACUGAAACAGCACAUCAAACAGGAGGUUUCUCGAGUCCUGCGGAGCUCCGGUGUCGAGCCUGGCUGUAGGCAGGUGAGGAAACGGUGGCUGGUGUUUGAGCGUAUCGUCCGGAAGAUGAGACUUGCACGGUGUCAAGCAUCUCCCUCCGCCUCACCCAGCUCAGAUCGUCUUCAGCCAGGCUAUAUCAGCCGGGACAGGCUUUAUCAGCUUGUAAAGGAACCAUGCGAUCUCAGAGACGAGGCAGAAAUGACAGCGGUGCUAGACUAUUUCCACGAACACGGCGUGAUUGUAUACUUUAGCGAGUCACGCUGCCCUCGACUUGCUGACCUGGUCAUAUACAACGUUCAGUGGUUUGUCCGGCAUGUGGUAGCCUUCAACGGCGCUGUGGAUAUCUUGCCAUGUCUUUCGCACUGGUGGAAUCGCCUUCACAGCUUUGCCGAGUUGCACUGGUCGCUGAUCGGUGCUGUGUGGCAGGACAUCACGGAUCAAGCAGUCCAAUGCAAGCUGCUGCGCAUGAUGGAACUGCUCGGUCUUGUCUUCCCCUGGUAUGAAGGCGAGGUUCACGAAGCUGUCAACGAGGAGAGCAGACCGAAGUUCUACUUCAUGCCAUGUGCACUGCUGAGUGAUCCAUCGGAAAGCGCGACUGCCGCUACGUCACAUAUUGGGAGCGAUGCUGACGGCCUAGACCGCGAUGCACUGCUCGACGAAGGAGAGACGACACUGUGCACGGACCGCACGCCACUCUGCGUCGAUCUGGCCACCGACUCUGGCAGCGGACCACUGUUCAAAGAGGCCACGCCGUAUAGCAUUUUCUUCCGGCUUGUGACGGGUCUGAUGAGCCGUUGGCGGGAGCCCGGAGUUCAACCAAGCCUACGCAGCUCCAGGGCAACUCUCUGCUAUCCGAACGAGCCGCCUGUAGAUGUUGUUCUGACCUACGAUCUACCUUCUGGUUCUAUCCACGCCGCCGUCAAAUGGUUCGUCAAGCGAAUGCACCGCGGCAAGCCAGGUUGGACUAGUCCCAUCUCCCGUGCCUGUGUCAACGUUCGCCGAUGCAUCGAAGCUGAAUUGGACGACAUCAAAGCCAAGAUCGGAGUGCCCUGCCUCAAGUUCAACUUGACCGUGGCCAUCCCGGCUAAGUGUACCUGCGGCCGCGGGCCUACUGUCAGACCUAAGAAAUCGGGCAACAUGCCUUCAGUUGUGUCCUGUUUCUACUGUGCGAGCCACCAGCGCGUGCCAAGCAAUGCCCAGUGCUGGUUUGACGAAACAGCACCAUUUGAGGUGACUGCGGAAAGUUUGGAUCCAUCAGGAUCUUCAGUAGCUCUGGCACCAGGAACACCGAUUGUGGACAUCCCCAAUCUCAGCAGCCUAGCCAUAGAAGUGAACAAUGUCCUGGUCGAUGCCAAACGCAAGGAGCUGUGGCGUCGCAUCGUGUGCGACGUUCGCGGUUCGGCUCACAACGCGGUGCAGAUUCUUGCAGACUAUGCUGCCGAGAAGGGCGUGGCACCCAUGCACGGAGCGCUGUGCUACUGGUGGGAGCUGACGUGGCCGCGACGUGACCGAGCCACGCUGGGAACACUGUACCACUUUGUGGAGCAAGACGCCGGAGUGGGGAUAGCUGAUCGACUGCGUGGCACCAUAUCUCUGAUGAAGACAUGAUGGCGGACAGGCAAGCAGGCAGGCAGCAGUUUGAAUGUGUAGCAGUGUAGAUCACCCACAGCUCAUGAACUACUACUGGUCUGAAUCAGGGUCUUGUCGAUGCUCUUCAACGGGAUGAUCAUUGGCACAAUGCCAAGCCGGCAGGAACUGGCUGACGUGCGUGCACUGUCCGCAUUGGGUGACUAUCGUGGUAGGGCAGUGCUCAGCAUGCACCCGUAGUAAUGGGUGUGUUUGAGACGAGUGUCUUGAUCUGCUUCUGUGGCGAUGCCGCUAGCUUUGAUUUGGCACAAUACAGGUGUGCCGCACAGUGUUCAGCCACUACUAGCAUACUGGUGAUACCGGUAACUAUGACGGAAGUCGAUUUGUUGUGUCUGUCAUGUCUUGACCGAGCCAUCGUGUUUCCUAUCGUGAAUGUACAUUGUACACGGUAGCAACACAAGGCCGUCCGUUGCCCUUGCUCCUCAGUCCGCGGAGCUGUUCUGCACAGAUUUUAAAAUUAAUUAUCUUUCAGUACCAGUUGAUUAAUAACGUUGUUUUUCCCAAGGCCUGUUGAGGCGCUGAGGCAAUUGACUGUAAUGCUUGCUAGGUCUGGAUGAGGGUUGUUCACUUCUGUCUUUUUUCCACGGCCCGGGGACUAAAUGAAGCUGCUGUGGCUCGAACUGUUGUAGCGCAUUAUAUACUUUUUAAAUUUAGUGUUCAUAUGAAGGUGCUUGUCUCACAGCCCGAUUCUAAACUGGUAUUUAAACUAUUUAUGCUUCUUUUUACUCACUCAUGCUGUUUCGUUCUUUGUGAACUCAUCAGCGCAGCACAGAGGAAAUGAGGCCGAACCUGAUAGCAAUGAAAAUAAAAAUUUCCAAUCAGGCCCGAACGUACCUUGCCAGAGUGCUCAAACUGACAAGUCAGUGAGCUCUGCGUAAUGCAAACAGCAACGGCACUACCCCACUAUGCUUCUUUUUAUUAGUUUUCACCUUACAUUCCCUGUGCACGGUUGCUGCCAAAGAUAUUGUAUUGAAUACGCAUGAUACUAGUGAA